AUGUACGUAGUCAAGCCCAAGCCAGCUACAUAUCUUCAUGAUAAUCGUAUUUAUCAUAGCAAGAAGAAGUACUAUAGAAAUUAUGAUAGAGUCCACGUUCCUCAACGUAAUCCACAAACAUAUGACCUUCGUUUGAUCAUUAUUCGACAUGGUGAACGAAUUGAUACAAUCUUAGGUGAAAAUUGGUUUGACCAAGUUUUUGGUGAUGGUACAUCACCACCACAAAAUUAUCUGCGUUCAUAUUUACCAUCACGAUUACCAAAUCGCCGAGACACCUUUCUCUAUAUGCUUGAUCCACCGAUAACACGGAAUGGGCAGCAAAAAGCAUUAACGUUAGGACAUCAGUUAUCAACAGUUGCUUCAAAUAUUGAUGCUUGUUAUUCAUCACCUGCUUCUCGUUGCGUUCUUACAGCAGCCAGUGUUUUGCAAGGAAUGAAUCGAACUAAUAUUCCUUUGCGUCUUGAACCAUAUUUAUUUGAGCCAAUGUUUUGGAACCAACCAUAUCAAGAAUUUAUUAAUGUAUCCCCAUUUAUGUCAUCACAAACAUGGGCAAGAACAGGCUAUAAUAUUGAUCGAGCUUAUCAGCGUCUCGAUGAUUUUUUAAAUCCACAAGAAACUGAAUAUGACUAUCGGGAUCGAAGUAAAUACUUUUUCAAAGCAAUUGAACAAGAUCAUGAUCAUCGUGUACGAGCUGGCGGCUAUGGUCGACCUUCGACUGUACUCAUUGUUGGUCAUGCAGCAACGCCACUCAUUUUCUCAAAUAUUGCUACACAUCGAUCAUUCGAUCCUGUUACAUUCGGAGAGCAAUGUGCACACAUACCAUUUUUACAUACAAUAGUUCUAGAGCGCAAUGCAACUACUCACAUAUGGAAAGCUCGACGAUAA